AAGAGGGCGCGGCGGAGGCCACCGAUCCUCCGCAGCCCGCUGUCCGCCUGCUUCUCAACUCGAGUCGUUUGAAGUCAGCAUGAGGGAGAUCGUGCACAUCCAGGCCGGCCAGUGCGGCAACCAGAUAGGGGCCAAGUUCUGGGAGGUCAUCAGUGAUGAGCACGGCAUAGACCCCAGUGGCAACUACGUGGGGGACUCAGACCUGCAGCUGGAGCGCAUCAGCGUGUACUACAAUGAGGCCUCCUCUCACAAGUAUGUGCCCAGAGCCAUUCUGGUGGACCUGGAACCUGGAACCAUGGAUAGCGUGCGGUCUGGGGCCUUUGGACACCUAUUUAGGCCUGACAACUUUAUCUUUGGUCAGAGUGGCGCCGGCAACAACUGGGCCAAAGGGCACUACACCGAGGGCGCGGAGCUGGUGGACUCCGUCCUGGAUGUCGUGAGGAAGGAGUGUGAGAACUGCGACUGUCUGCAGGGCUUCCAGCUGACACACUCACUGGGUGGGGGUACAGGCUCAGGCAUGGGGACCCUGCUCAUCAGCAAGGUGCGCGAGGAGUACCCUGACCGCAUCAUGAACACCUUCAGCGUGGUGCCCUCACCCAAAGUGUCGGACACUGUGGUGGAGCCCUACAAUGCCACCCUGUCCAUCCACCAGCUGGUGGAGAACACGGAUGAGACCUACUGUAUCGACAACGAGGCCCUCUAUGACAUCUGCUUCCGUACCCUCAAGUUGGCCACACCCACCUACGGGGACCUCAACCACCUUGUUUCUGCUACCAUGAGUGGAGUCACUACCUCCCUUCGAUUCCCUGGUCAACUCAAUGCUGACCUCCGCAAGCUAGCUGUCAACAUGGUGCCCUUCCCCCGCUUGCACUUCUUCAUGCCUGGCUUUGCCCCACUUACAGCCCGGGGCAGCCAGCAAUACCGGGCCCUGACGGUACCUGAGCUCACCCAGCAGAUGUUCGAUGCCAAGAAUAUGAUGGCUGCCUGCGACCCACGCCACGGCCGUUACCUGACAGUGGCCACUGUCUUCCGUGGGCGCAUGUCUAUGAAGGAGGUGGAUGAGCAGAUGCUGGCCAUCCAGAGUAAGAACAGUAGCUACUUCGUGGAGUGGAUCCCCAACAACGUCAAGGUAGCAGUGUGCGAUAUCCCACCCCGUGGGCUCAAGAUGUCAUCCACCUUCAUUGGCAACAGCACGGCCAUCCAGGAGCUGUUCAAACGCAUCUCAGAGCAGUUUACAGCCAUGUUCCGGCGCAAGGCCUUCCUUCACUGGUACACGGGCGAGGGCAUGGAUGAGAUGGAGUUCACUGAGGCCGAGAGCAACAUGAAUGACCUGGUAUCUGAGUACCAGCAGUACCAGGAUGCCACAGCUGAGGAAGAGGGUGAAAUGUAUGAAGAUGAUGAUGAGGAAUCUGAAGCCCAGGGGCCCAAGUAAAGUUGCUCACAGCUGGGGUGUGGGGCCAAGUGGCAGCCAGGGCCAAGACGAGCAGCACCUGUCCCCCAGAGCCAUCUAGCUACUGACACUGCCCCCAGCUUUGCUUCCCACCAGCUCCUUAGGGCACCCUAGGGCUCCCAGAUUAGAGUCCUUCAGUAUUUAUGGCCGUCCCCACCCCACAUGAGUCCACUUGGCUCUGUCCUUCCCAUUUAGGCCACCUCUGUAUUUAUGUUGCUCAUCUGUCUCUGUUUUAUUAUGGCUCCAGGCCUGAUGUUUUACGGUUUGUUUUGUUUUUUACUGGGUUGUGUUUAUAUUUCGAGGGGGGGGAUACUUAAUAAAGUCACUGCUGUCAGA